AUGCGUAGUUUCGGUGCGCUGUGUUUGGCUGCCGCUAUCCUCUCGCCAGUUUUGGCAGACGAUGGUGUUAAUGAAGGCCUCAAGAAAAUCAAGCACAUCGUCUUGUUCAUGCAAGAGAAUCGUGCGUUUGACCACUACUUUGGUACGAUGUCAGCUGUCCGAGGUUUCAAGGAUCCAAACGUUCAUGUCUCAAACAAUACUGGCAAGAGCGUUUUCCAUCAACCGGUGAACAGCUCGAUGGUGAAGGUUUCGGAUGGUCCUGAUGUUGAUUACAAGCCACCAAAAGAUGCUAAAGAGCUCCUUCCUUGGUACCUCGUCCAUCAAGGUGGUGAUUACAAGGAGCGUGCUCAGUGUAUGCUUGCAGGCUCUAAUUCGUGGCAAGCGAACCAUGCAGCAUGGAAUGAUGGAAACAUCGAUCGCUGGGCACUCAACAACACUCCCUAUUCCUUGGGUUAUUUCAAACGUGACGAUAUUCCUGUGCACUUCGCCCUUGCCGAGAACUUUGUCGUUUCGGACGCCUAUUAUGAAGGCCAAAUUGCAUCUACAGACCCAAACCGUGUCACAUGGUUCUCAACUACGAUCAAUGCCAAUGGUAGUGUCGUUGGUGGACACCCUGAAAAAGGUGGCACAGUGCUUGAUAACAACCGCGACCCGAAGUGUUUGAAGGGCAAAAAUGGUGACCUUUUCUCGUGCCGUCCGCUUCGUUGGAAGACAGUGCCCGAGUAUCUGAGUGAUGCCAAGAUUGACUGGCAGCUGUUCCAAGAUUUUGACAACUUUGGCGACAACACGCUUGUCGAGUGGCGUCAGUAUCAGUUGGCUGCUAAGAACAAGACAGAUCUUGCUCGCCGUGGUGUUUCGUUCCAAGGUCUCAACUCAUUUUACGAAGCUGCAAAGAACGGUACCUUGCCUGAAGUCUCUUACAUCGUCGGCCCUCAGUACCUCUCUGAACACGCUCCGUACACCCCUAAUGAUGGUGCCUGGCUCCAGCGCAAAAUUGCUGAGGCUGUAAUGAAUGGAAAGAACUGGAACUCUACUGCCCUGAUGGUUUCGUACGAUGAGACGGGCGGCUGGGCCGACCAUGUCAUGUCUCCGCAUGCUGAGCGUGGUACACCUGGUGAAUGGAUCCACGACCCAUACACGCCAGAUGGCAAGCUUGCCCCCACUGGUCCUGGCUUCCGUCUUCCGUUCUACAUCAUCUCGCCUUACACUCGUAAGGGUGGUGUAUUUACGGAAGUAACGUCUCAUGAAAGUCAGACACUCUUCCUUGAAGAGUGGGCCAAGGCGAAUGGCAAGCCAUUCACCGUUGACGUGAUGAACAAGUGGCGUCGUGAGCAACUCAGCAACCUGGUGAAUGCAUUCGACUUCAACUCUUCAGACAUGAGCGUUCCGGACAUUCCUAAGGUGGACGAACCUACCAAGGAUGCGAUUACGGGCGAGUUUAAUGGUGCUUGGAACUGCAUCUUGAAGUUUAAGGGUGACGUCCAGCCAAAGGUGCCUUACGAAGGUCUGAAGGAGGAGAAGACACUCACGCAAGAGAAGGGUAUUAAGUCUGUGAGAGGAAAUGUCACCGAGGGCCGUUGGCUUAGCUUUAGCGCUCAAGGACAUCGACUCGAGCACUCUAACAACAGCGUUUCUCUUGCAAGUGAUAAAGGCGACUUUUCUAAGAAGCACCUCUUUGUCGUCCACUGGCAGGGCAAAGUCCCCAAGGACAAUGCCUACAAGAUCUCGACUUCUGGCAAGAAGCCCAUGUACCUGACGGACUCUCUGAAGCUCUCUUCUAAGAAGGAGGAUGGUGCCACCUUUGCCAUUUUCGAUAAUGGCAAUGGCCGGGGUCAUUCGAUUAAGGACGCCAAGUCGAAUAAGUUCUUGUCAGUUAGCAAGCAGAAUUUGACGCUUGCAAGCAAGCCUGCUACGUUCAAGGUCGUCAGUGUGACUCUAUAA